UGGAAGCAGCUGCGCUGAAGCCUCCUCACCUUAUAAAGUGCAUCGGUGACGAAAGCUGUCGCGUGCGCGUAAAUUCAGCACUUAAUUCACGAGACAGCUCCAGUGGGUCGGCUUCCCUAAACUGGACUCAAAUUCAAGAGUAGUUCUUUCAGUACUUUCAGAACACUCUCGCACGCAUGAACAUUAGAAGUGUCAUCAUAUUUCUUGCUUUCAUCUAACUGCGAUCCAUAGUCUGGGACAUUUUUAUUCUCCACUAAAUAUGUACCAGGGGCAUUUGCAGGAGACAGAAAAUGGAUGUGUUUUCAGCACAAAGGGGAAAGACUCUAGGGCUGCAGAUAAGACCGUUGCCAUGGUCCUGAAGGAGAUACCCAAUAAGGCGUCCUCAGAAGGCAAGCCCCUCCUCACGGUGACAAACAAGCUGGUGAGUGAGCAACAAGAGAGCCGUCCCUUGCUGAGCCCUUCCAUUGAUGAUUUCCUCUGCGAGACCAAGUGUGAUGGAGUUGCCCGCCCAGUAACCUCCAACACAGCAGUACUGUCCUCCUCUCUGGACCUGCUAGAUCUGAGUGAGCCUGGUGAGAGAAGACACAGCAAAGACAGGAAGAGCCCUCUUUCUUCUAAGGGCACACCGUACAGGAAGAAGGCCGAUGAAACAGAGCUGAUCCAAGUGGAUGUUGAUCAGAGUAUACCCUGUUCCCGCACACCUGAAAAGAUUUCAUUGGACUCAGUAGCAGUUCCAUCUUCUUUGGACAAAUGGGAAGAACUCAACCCACACCCAGAGCGAAAUGGUAGCAGAAAGUGGAAAUUUGAGAGAAGAUGUUCAUCAAAAAAUUCUGGUGAAUUUGUGUGGUCUAUGGAUUGCAAGACUCAGCUAGACACUACCCCCAGGAACUCCCUGGAGGUCAAUAAUAAAGUAGAGGUGGAAGCCGUGCCAGCAACUCAACUCAACAGGCAAUAUGUUAGUGGAAGACAUGGCCGUUUGAGCAAGGACCAAAGGUGGGGCAGCACACUACUGUCCAGAAACCAGUCUCUGGAGGAAGAGUUUGAGAGAGCUAAGGCAGCAGUGGAGUCAGACACAGAGUUUUGGGAUAAGAUGCAGGCAGAGUGGGAAGAGCUCGCUCGCAGGAACUGGCUAACAGAUAAUGACAGACCACAGAUUCCCUCUAAUGUGUCUCCUUAUGAAAAGGGAUACUACUUCCACACAGAUAACCCUUUCAAAGACUGGCCAAAUGCAUUUGAGGAGGGAUUACGCAAGUCCAGAGAGGGAGAGCUGCCUAACGCCGUGCUUCUUCUGGAAGCAGCUGUGCUGCAGGACCCUCAGGAUUCAGAGGCUUGGCUGGUGCUGGGAACCACGCAAGCAGAGAGUGAGAAUGAGCAGGCAGCAAUUGUCUCCCUCCAGAGGUGUCUGGAGCUCCACCCCAACAACCUCCAGGCCCUCAUGGCCCUGGCAGUGAGCCUGACCAACACGGGCAUGAGGCAGGAAGCGGCUGAGGCACUGCUGAGCUGGAUAAGGCACAACCCCAAAUACAAGUAUCUUCUGAAGAGCCGCACGCACCUGCAGAGCUCACCUGGUUCACGGAGACCCUCCUUCCCCUCCAUAACAGGCUGCCCCCUGCUGCCUGAGGUGAAGGACCUGUACCUGGAAGCUGCCCAGCACAACUCGGACACUAUCGACCCAGACCUGCAGACAGGGUUGGGAGUGUUGUAUAACCUCAGCUCCGAGUUCAACAAAGCUGUGGAAGCCUUCAACGCAGCGCUGUCAGUGCGGCCGGAGGACUACCUGCUGUGGAAUCGGCUGGGGGCGACGCUGGCUAAUGGAGAUCGCAGCGAGGAGGCUGUGGAGGCCUAUACCAGAGCCCUGGAGCUGCAGCCCGGCUUCAUCCGCUCACGUUACAACCUCGGCAUCAGCUGCAUUAACAUGGGUGCUCACAGGGAGGCAGCCGGUCAUUUCCUGACAGCUCUUAGUCUGCAGAGGAAGAGCAGGAGUCGGCAGCUUUCGCACCAGGUCAUGUCUGGAAACAUCUGGACGGCCCUGCGGAUAGCACUGUCCAUGCUGGACCAGCCGGAGCUCUUUCAAGCUGCUAACAUAGGAGACCUGGACUUACUCAUGAGAGCUUUUAAUCUGGAUAUGUGAGCGAGGAUACCCUUUAACCAUGGCAAAUAUCCAAAGUCUUUAAUGAGAAGAACUUUGUCAGAAAGCAAACUUUGUUUCACAGAGCACCUUUACAUUCCUGAGAACUGAGUGCUGAAUGAUACUAUUUUAAUAGAUUUGCACAUCAGUUUACGAUUACCCUAAAGAGCACAAUGCCGGGUGAAGAUUGUACAAGUAUGCCUUAGAGAAAAUAUCAGCUAGACCUGCAAUGUAACAGUGGGGAAUCGCAGGAAUUCUGGAUUCGUCUCGUAAUUUCACAAUUGAUGAGAGGACUUCACAUUAGUGACUUGAUUAGACAUGUACUGUACUGCGUAGACUUCAUGUAUUGGUUCGAUUGCCCUCUUUUUUUGAGAGGGUGGGGUUAUUAUAGAUUUUGCUGGCACUUAGUUCAACCCUGGACACUCCUCACCUGAUCUCUGCUGCAUCAUCCCCUUUAUUUCCUGGAGCUUGCAGACCAGAUUAAAAAGCCUUACUUAUCUUGCAUGUAAAAUAAAUAAUUGAGAUGUUAUCGGUAUGAUAUCAGAUAAAAGCCAUUCCUUGCCAUACUUUGACCGCUUGAUGUAGAAGUCUAUGUUCCAUCAAGGUCUUUUUGUAAAACAUACCACAUCGUUGAAAUGUUACGCUGAUUAUUUUACAAAAUUUCAGAUAUACUGCCCCUUUUGCCACAAUUAUCAGCCUGGAUUUAACAGGAAAACUGGAAAGCUGCCCAAAAUGUAAGCCAAACUAUUUGUGAGCUUCACAGUUUUAUACCCUAAUAUUUUUGUUGUUACUCAUUUUACUUGUUAUGGUUCAUCUCCAGCUUGCAUGAUGUUUUAUUUUGCUCAUCAGUGUGAACAUGCAAGUGCUUAAUGAUGCAUACGUGCUUCAAGAAAAGUCCUACAUUUUAAAAUGCUAUGCAAAGCCUAUAGAUUUUUUUCCUUCAUGCAGCCAGAAGCAGAAGAAAAGCCUAAAGCACCAAAGCUUUACUUGCGUUGUCACUUUUUGUGUUUGAAAACUGGUAGGUAGAAGGUAGAAGAUCUGGUAGUACCCUGUAGAUGGUCUAUUGUACUUUAAAGCAGCGUUUACAUUAAUCCAGAUACAUUUAAAAAUGCAUAUUUUUCUCUAUAUUUUGGCCUUCUGUCCACACUGAGGUGGUGUUUUUGUGCUGUGAAAACAGAGCUUUUUGAGGAUGCUCUCAGAGUGGAUAAAACUGAAAUGAUGUUUUCAUGUUGUAAGGUGAAAUGUGAAAACAGACGUAUUCGAAAAUGAUGACACGUUUAGCCAUGUGACGCAUAUUUUACCUAUAGAUAUCUAUGUUUUACGCAUAAGAUGAUUUAAAGGGGCACUUCUCUCAAAAAUGAAAGAUUUACUCAACCUCAAGUUGUUCCAAACAUGGAUGAGUUCCUUUCUUCUGUUC